CACGGCUAGAGAGACGGCGUGUGUGACAGCAGAUGUAAGUGAUCUGGGACAAUACCUGCGAUAUACCUGAACCUAGACAAUCUGCCCGCGUUUCGAAAACAAAGACAGUGACGUCAUUUGGACGGAGUAACCAGAUAAAACUAAGACAAUCUGUGGACACGGUUUUUAACCUGGGAAACAAAGCCUGUGCUGAAAGCAAGUAGAAGAUUGUGAAUAUGUCUCCUGAUCUGCAACAAGAAUGUAUUCCUAUUUUCAAGAUCCUCAUCUGGGUUAGCAUCUUCGGGAACUGCUUGGCGGUUUCUCUGAUGCUACAGAAGAGAAAUAUCCCAUCAUCUGCGUACAUCGUCCUUCUGUCAACACUGGAUUGCUUGAUCCUCGUACAGCUGUACUUAAGUCUCCAGAACGAGCUUCCACCACUCCGUGACUUGUACAUCCUCAUAGUGAUGUCUUCAGUCCAGUCCAGCAUGUGCAAAAUGGCCGCUUUGAUCACGGAAAGGUUGCUGCUCCAAUCAGACAGAACAGUCAGUGGGCCACGUGUUGGAGAGAUUUCUGGCAAAUGGAUGCCAUUGUUUAUCACAGUGUGUGCAAUUUCCCCAGUCGUCCUUCUUGUGUACGUCUCACAAAGUCUGGAACUAGGCGGCGAAUGGCGUUUGCUGCUAAAGAUUCUUCAAAUCCUGCUGCUCCUUGUCUUACCCUUAGCUGGGAUGGCGUACUUGGUCAUCAGCAUUCGUCGGUUUCGGAAGAAGAUGGUGCAGGCGACUUCAGACUAUCCCAUGAAACACGGCGUCUUGGACAAUGACUUUAAAGCUGACAGACAAUUCACCACAUAUCUCUUUUUCAUAGCCAUGGUUUCUUUCGUGACAUACCCGAUAUAUGCCACAGUCUUAGUAGCUGAUUACAUGUUUCCUGAACUAUCGGGACAUGGAAUUGGUAUUGUAACAUAUUUGACAAUUAUCGUGCAGUGCGGGGUCAAUGUAUGUCUACAACUGGUGCACACAAAACUAUUUUGCCGUACAGUUCCUCCAGUUCAAGAUUUUGUAAAAGGACAAAAUAAUGGAUAAUGAUUAUUGGGAUUCCCUUUUGAUUACUAAUUCUCGUUCUAUCUAGUGGCAUAUCAAAGGUGGUGGUAUGUUUUAUUCUGCCUGUGGGAUGGUGCAUAUGAAAGAUCUAUUGCUACUAAUGGAAAAAAUGUAGCGGGUUUCAAACAUUUAAUCCUGAAAAGGUUACCAAAGGUAUUGUAGUUAAUAUUUUAUUCUUAAAUUUAUUAAAAUAUGUUGUUGUACGUGUUGAGGCUUUUAAAUAAAUCACAUAUGGCUGAUUUUAUUAAAUUCUGAGUGCAUAUGGAAAAUGCAAUAUAAUGGAUAAACGAUACCGCAAUAAACAUCAUAAUAAUAUUCAUUUAUUUCAUUUCAACAUAUUUUCGUGCUUAUAUCCAAUUAAUGUUCUUCCUCGACUAAUCCUGUACCUACUAGCCUGUAUUCCGAUGGCUUAACCGCCGCGCCACUGAGGCCGGUUGUUAAUAACAAUAAGUUUAUUCAAUUUACAUGAUCUCUUAAUUAAUCACAAACAUCACAGACGAGUUAUUGAGCUUGAUUUUAAACAGUAUCGAGAAGCAGUCAAAUAGUUCUCGAACGUUGGUGCUGUUCGUUGUCGCUGAAAGCAUCCCUAUUUUACGUGGAUGACAAGACCUGUAUAUUUUGUUGCGGUCUGUAAUUUUGAGUAAUAAUAAGGCACACAGUAUUUUAACUUUAUUGUUGAUAGUUAUAUUGGUUUGCACAUUUUAUAUAACGAAUAACCCGUUAGUUGCUUCGUGUAGCGCUUUAAAAACAUUGUAUGUAAUUGUAUGCUGUUAUAAUAUUCCAAAGGUGUAAACGAAUUGGCCAAUAUCACUUCAAAAACAAACCAAUCAAGCCAAAUAUUAUGCUUAUUAUAAGUGGCAUAUCUUUAAGAGAAGUUAUAAAUUACAUAGUAUUCACGCUUCAUUGAUGUAUACCUAUUAUACAAAAACGCACGAACACACACACACACACACACACACACACACAUUGACAUUAAAUUUAGUUUAUUAUCCAACUAAAUAUAUUUAAUAUACAUCUUUGGAGUAAAAACAAACAUGUAACUGAAUUUGAUGAUAUGAAAUAUUUACUGUUUCAUUGAAUCAAAAAACACUUUACACUAAACUGCGGUUGUAUUGUG